AACUUUUACCUGGAUUAAAAAAGUCCCAAAAACUUAAACUAAAUAAUAAUACAAUCUAUAAAAGCAUUUUAUACACAGAAUUUUCCACUUUUUCACAAUAAUUUUACUCUUGAUAGGUUUUAUGUAGGAAAAGCUUCUUCGAACAGUGUUGCCAAAUCAAUGGAACAAAAGAGAAAAUCCAUAGUUUUGACAUAAAAAAACAAAAAAAGGACGACAUUUCUCUGACAAAUCCAACAUAACCUCAAAAAGUGCUUUUUGAAAAAUCCUUUCCACUUUUUCCGAUUUUCAUUUUCAAAUAGUUUUAAAUUAUUCUUGUAUAUAUUAAUUCACAUUAAAUUAUCCUCAAAUUGAUUAUUCUCUAUUGAAAAAUAACUAGUUACAUUUUUCAUUUUACACACAAGGUGACUGAUUUUCGAAUAAAAUUAUGAAUUUUGUCAGGUAAAUGCCAGAGCAAAUGACAAAGUGGACAGAUUUUUUGGAACAUUUUUACAAAAUAUUAUAAAACGUUAUUAUAGAUAAAUAAUGUUUCGUGCCAGACAAGUAUUUAAUAUCAGUAGGUUUGUGCUGAACAGGAGUGCUUCAUCCGUUGUUUUGUAUUCGAGGAAUCCACAGCUACAAAACACCCUACAUAAACUCACCCUAAUAAGUCAACACCGGUUCAGUAGCGAUGAUGGCAAAAAGGUAGGAUCCGAAGACGGUUCCAUUGAAUCCCAUCCUUCCGCAAAGCCCAAAUCCCAUAAACCUCCUCAAAAUUUAAAAUUGAAGGACAUCAAACCAGUGGAAAUUAAUCCUUGUAAACCUCAUUUCAUCCCGCGGAAAAAAGCUACAAUUCAACAAUGCCUACCACCUAAAACACUUUCUGAGGCAGAAUGUCCCAGCGAAGAGAAACCUAAGCCUAAGAAAAAAGGACGCGGGUUGUAUAUUUUGGGGGUUUUGUUAACAGCAGCCUCAAUAGGAGCAGUCUAUUAUUUUAUGGGCCGACCCGACAAAACAAGACCCAAAAAAGUAAUUACCAGGAAGAAAGUUAGAAAGGAACGUGAAGUAAUUAAAAUCCCUGCCUCCUCUAGUGACAUUCCCAAGGAUGUACCUUAUUUGUUGAUUGGCGGUGGAACUGCCUCAUUUACAGCUUUCCGUGCCAUCAAAUCAUCAGACCCACAAGCAAAAGUAUUAAUCGUUUCAAAUGAACCGUAUUACCCGUACAUGAGGCCCCCAUUGUCCAAAGAAAUUUGGUUCAACGACGACAAAGAUAUCGCUAACAGUUUGAUUUUCAAACAAUGGAACGGUUCAGAAAGAAGUCUAUUUUAUGAGCCUGACGAUUUUUAUUGUGACUGUAAAUCUUUGAUGAGCACUGAAAAUGGUGGAGUUGCAGUAGCCCGUGGCUGGAAUAUAACUCAUUUAGAUGUUAUGGAAAAGUUGGCUUAUUUAGAAGAUGGUUCUGCAAUUAAGUAUAAUAAGUGUUUGAUUGCUACAGGUGCAAUGCCUCGCCUAACUCCAGUAUUUGAAGUGGCCCUUGCAGAUCCAAACAUAAGAGAUCACAUUAAAUUAUUUAGAAAUGUUGAUGACUUCAGAGAUGUUUUUGAAGCUUUUGACCAGGCAAAAUCCGUUGCCGUAGUUGGUGGUGGGUUUUUGGGAAGUGAAUUGGCUUGCGCUUUUGGCAGAAGAGACAAAAAAAGAAACAAAUAUAUUUAUCAAAUAUUCAGGGAAACAGGUAACAUGGGCAAAAUUCUGCCGGAAUAUCUCAGUCUUUGGACGUCAGAUAAAGUGAGAAAUGAAGGAGUUCAAGUCUUGCCAACCACUGAAAUUGUUGGUGUCAAAGCUAAAGAUGAAAAAGUGGAAUUGACGUUGAGUAGUGGUAAGACUUUGGUGGUUGAUUUUGUUGUUUGCACCACUGGGGUCGAACCAAAUACGGAGUUGGCGGAAAAAUCAGAUUUGGAAGUCGAUCCGGAACUGGGAGGUUAUUUAGUUAAUACUGAACUGCAGGCCAGAACAGAUUUAUACAUUGCGGGCGACUGUGCCUGUUUCUAUGAUCCACGCCUGGGACGUCGUCGUAUUGAACAUCACGAUCACGCUGUAGUUUCUGGCAGAUUAGCUGGUGAAAACAUGGCUGGUGGCCGUAAUCCUUAUUGGCACCAAAGCAUGUUUUGGAGCGAUCUAGGACCAGAUGUUGGGUACGAAGCAAUUGGUAUUGUUGAUUCCAUGCUGCCCACUGUUGGGGUGUUUGCCAAACAAACCGACAAAGACACACCACAACACGUUGUUGAAGAAACUGGCGAAGGAGACAGAUCCAAGACUGAAGAACUACCUCAAGAAUGUGAAAAGUACCUAUCUGAAGAAGAGAAAAAGAAAAUGAAACUUGUAAAGAAAAUGCUUCCUAACAGUAAUGAAGGCGAAGAUUAUGGCAAAGGAGUGAUUUUCUAUCUGCGCGACGAUGUUGUGGUUGGCAUAGUUUUGUGGAAUGUUUUCAAUAGGAUGUCGAUAGCCAGGCAAGUUUUAAAGGAUCAAAAGAAAUACGACGAUCUAAAUGAAGUAGCCAAGUUAUUCAAUAUCCAUGGGGACGAGUGAGGCAAUUUGAAGUUAUAUAUACUUAUAAGUCAUUAAAAGAACAAUAGAGUGCUCAACAAAAUUUAUUUUAGGUUAACAAAAAAUACAUAAUAAUAAUUAUUGUGAUAGUAAUUUGAUACAACACACAAAUAUCUUUAAUUGCCAUACAAGAGAGAUUCCUCUGGACAUAACAUUUACUUUUUUUUCUUAUAAAAUGCAUUUAACAUGAAUAAUCAAUGGCUUUCAUUUCAUAGCUAACAUUUUAAAAACAACAACUUAUAAAAAAAUCUAUCUAUACAGCCAAUCAUUGACUGUCUAACUACUGGGAACGUUUUUCCUCGCCGCUACAGCAAUUAGUACAGUCAAAACAACAUUGCUAGCUUUUAGAAGAGUUCCAUUUCCAGCUGCCACUUGUUGACAACUGUUCUCUUAACGACAAGACUUCGUCUAAGAGACGUUUUUUUUCAUCUAAGAGUUUGCUUAUCUGCAAUAAAUGUAAAUAAUUAUAUUUAUACAAACACAAACAAAUUCUUACAUCAUCUUGUGCGUUUUUCAAAUGGUUCCUCAAAAUAUCACUUUCCUCUUUGGCUUUUCGUAAGAGUCUGUUCUCUUCUGAUACCCGUUCAAAAGCGAGUAGUUUUCUUUUCAAUUCCUCAUUAUCUGACGAUGAUUGAAUAGAAUUUGAUUGCAAUAUUUCACAGCUAUUGUGGUUUGAUAAUAAAUGUUCUUGUUGCAAAGAAAUUUUAAAUAUUCCAUCUUCAUUGCGUUUAAUAAAUAAUUCCACUACAUUGAGGUCAAUAGGUACAGGUCCUGGAGAAGUUAUAUUUACAGGAGGUCUGUCUUCUAUUAAAUGAAUUUUUACAUUGUUGAUUGAAAGCUGUAGAAUUUAUAUUUUAGAAUUAUUGAAGUAUUGUAAUUGAAAUUUACUUACUUCUAAUGGCAAUGGAAUAGCAAUAAGUUCGUCCUCGAUAAAAUCAGUCAAACCUGUUGCAGUGCUCAUAUUCAAGCUCAAUGACAAAUCUUUUACUUUCACCGUUAGACAAUCUGUGAAUACUUUUCUCAUGUUGUCUUUGUCAGUCAAAUCGUACUGAGACAAUAAGUUGGAAGAAGAGAGAGCUAGUGUAUGAUCCAGCCUGAGUCUUAUUUUUGAUGUGGCAUUGCUGUCUGAAUUCUCUGUCCAGCCUCUUGAUCGCAUACUAAAUUUACCCUAGAAAAUAUAUUUUUAGUUUAUUUUUUCUAAUAUCUAUGUAUUAGAUCAGA